AAUCUCAUUAAAAGAAAAAAAGUCGUGUAAUUGAUUGAUUGAAUUUCGUUUUUUUAAUCAUUUGGUGAAAAUUUUACUCUUAAACUCUUUAAUAAAAAGUAAAAUAACUAAAUAAUGGGCUUAUUAGGAGGACGCAACAUAUCGCUAGCAUUUUGUAUAUGCAUAGCCUUUGUCUUAAUUGGCAGCAUAAAUGUAGAGGCCGAAAAAGAAAUUCCGACAACAAAGUUUGGACAAAAUGUUGGGGGACCCACCAUGACUUUCUUAUAUUGCUAUUCCUGUGGCUAUCGCAAAGCUUUUGAGGAUUAUGUUAACAUACUAUCAGAGAAAUAUCCACAAAUUUCAGUGACAGGUGGCAAUUAUGAUCCACCCGGCAUGAAUAUGUAUUUUUCGAAAUUAAUAUUUGCUGUGAAAAUCUUACUCAUUGUUGUGAUAGUAUCAUCUUUUGAUAUAUUUGGAGCUAUUGGUCAAGCCACUCCCAGCUGGUGGCGUCAUUUGCUGGACAAUAAAUUGUAUGCCUGUAUGAUGAUAUUUUUCGUAGGCAAUAUGUUAGAGGGUCAGUUGGUCUCUUCCGGAGCCUUUGAGAUUUCAUUAAAUGAUGUGCCUGUUUGGUCAAAACUACAAACUGGUCGUAUACCCGCUCCCCAAGAGCUUUUCCAAAUCAUCGACAAUCAACUGCAAUUUGGCGAUAAAAUACAAGAAAAUCCCGAAUUUGUGAAAUAAUAAUUAACUUGUAGCUGCUCUUACAAAACAGCACAUUUGUAACAAUUUUUAAGACUUCAUCAGCAAAUUUAUCAAAAGAAAUUGUAUUUUGUUUAAUUUUUCAAUUUUUAUUAGACUUAGGUUUAAAUGCAAAUAUUUCUUUAGACCGACCCCUUCUUCCUAGUCUCGUGUUGUAAAGGAAGUGUUUUAAUAAAAAGUGUUUUAAUGUAAAACUUUAA